AUGGCAUCAGAAAAACAACCCACCGUCGAACAUGACGAGAAGAACACCAUCCCACCAGGCUACGGCCUCUCCGACUCCGACCUGCAGACCAGCACGGAAGCGCACGCCGCCAUCGAAAAAGAACACCACAUGACCGCCUUCCAAGCCCUAAAGCUCUACCCCAAAGCCGUAGCCUGGUCCCUCCUGCUCUCCUGCGCGAUAAUCAUGGAAGGCUACGACGUAGUCCUAAUCGGCUCCUUCUUCGCCUUUCCCGCCUUCAACCAAAAAUACGGCGGACUAAUGUCCGACGGCAACUACGGGCUCGCCGCAUCCUGGCAAGCCGGAUUGACAAACGCCAUGAGCUGCGGACAAAUCAUCGGCCUCUUCAUCAACGGCAUCAUCUCCGAACGCUACGGCUACCGCCGCACCCUCAUGGCCUGUCUGGCCUCCACAGUCGGCUUCAUCUUCAUCCUCUUCUUCGCACCCAACGUCCAAUGUCUCGUCGCUGGCGAACUCCUCAUGGGCAUCCCGCUCGGCGUCUACCAGACUCUGACGGUCACCUAUGCGUCUGAGGUGUGUCCGGUUGCGCUGCGCGCGUAUCUGACUACUUACGUGAACCUGUGCUGGGUUUUCGGGCAGUUGAUUGCCUCUGGUGUGUUGAAGGGUUUGUCGGGGAGGAUGGAUGAAUGGGCGUAUCGGAUUCCGUUUGGGAUUCAGUGGGUCUGGCCGAUUCCCAUCUUCAUUGGGGUUUAUCUUGCACCUGAGAGUCCUUGGUGGCUGGUCAGACAGGAUAGACGGGAGGAUGCGAUUAGGGCUGUGAAGAGACUGACGCGCUCGGAGACGCCCGGGUUCAGUGCUGAGGAGACGGUUUCGAUGAUUGUGUACACGAAUGCGUUGGAGCAGCGGGCGGAGACGGGCACUUCUUAUCUGGAUUGCUUUAAGGGGGUUGAUCUGCGACGCACGGAGAUUGCGUGCUGUGUCUGGGCGGCGCAGAGUCUGUGUGGUGCUGGGUUGAUGGGGUAUUCGACUGUGUUUUAUCAGCGGGCCGGUCUGGCUGUGUCGCAGUCUUUUACCAUGUCCUUGGUGCAGUAUGCCAUUGGUGUUGUUGGCACGAUUGGCUCGUGGGUGUUGAUGACCUACUUUGGUCGACGGACGUUGUAUGUUGGUGGACUUGCUUUGUUGACUCUUGUGUUACUUGUUAUUGGGUUUGUGUCGAUUGCGCCUUCGACGCCGGCGAUUUCCUGGGCCACCGGGUCGAUGUUGUUGGUUUAUACGUUUAUCUAUGAUUCGACUGUUGGGCCGGUUUGUUUCUCGCUUGUUUCGGAGAUUCCUUCGUCGAGACUGAGGACUAAGUCGGUCGUGUUGGCGAGGAAUGUUUAUAAUGUCCUCAAUCUGGUGACGGGGAUUAUCAUUCCUUAUAUGCUGAAUGUCGAUGCUUGGAACUGGAGGGGGAAGUCGGGCUUCUUCUGGGGUGCGCUUUGCAUUCUUUGUCUUACUUGGUCGUUCUUUAGACUUCCGGAGCCUAAGGGUCGCUCGUAUGCUGAGUUGGAUGUCUUGUUUGAGAACAAGGUACGGACCAGGGAGUUCCCUCAGGCGAAGACUGGGCUGGUGCAGAGUGAGCUCGAGGAGAAGAUUUCCAAUGUUUAG